AUGGCUCGCAAUACCAUGAAAAUGAUUCUUAACGACUUUGACGGUGAUGACGAAUUGCAGUUAAUAACGAUAGCUGCAAUGGAAGAAGAGCUACUCAAUAGAGAAAGAUGUUUGAGAAGACGUAGUGGUUCCAUUGAAGGCCAUGCAUGGAAGCAUACGAUCCAUAUUUUGUCCAGAAACACAGAUGCUGUUGGAAUCAUUGGUUUGUCUUCCCUUCAAAAAAUGACAGCUGCUAUGAGGAUGCUCGCUUAUGGAGUAGCAGAUUCAGUGGACGAUUAUGUGAGAAUUGGUGAAAGCACCGCCAUGGAGAGUCUAAAACACUUUGUUAAGGCGGUGGUUGCAAUGUUUUCUGAAACGUACUUGAGGAGCCCUAACAACGAUGAUAUUUCAAGAUUAUUAGCGAUGGGAAGCGAUCGCGGGUUUCCUGGUAUGUUAGGGAGCAUUGAUUGUAUGCAUUGGAAGUGGAAAAAUUGUCCUACUGCACGGAAAUGUAUGUAUUCUGGUCACAUCCAUGAACCAACUAUUAUUUUAGAGGCUGUGGCUUCUCAAGAUUUAUGGAUAUGGCAUGCCUUUUUUGGGAUGCCCGGAUCUCAUAACGACAUCAAUGUAUUAGAUCGUUCUUCUGUAUUUUCACUCCUUACUCAAGGUCGUGCUCCUCCAGUCAAUUACUCAAUCAAUAGAAAUGAUUAUACGAUGGGAUACUAUCUUGCCGAUGGUAUAUAUCCGCAAUGCGCAACAUUUGUCAAAACAAUCUCAUCUCCACAAGGGAAUAAGCAAAUAUAUUUUGCAAAAGCUCAAGAAUCGGCAAUGAAGGAUGUUGAGCGAGCAUUUGGUGUGCUCCAAGCAUGUUUCGCGAUUGUGCGAGGACCUGCACGUUUUUGGAAAACGGAAAUAAUGGAAGAUAUUAUUAUGGCAUGCAUAAUAAUGCAUAACAUGGUUGCUGAAGAUGAGAGGGAUGACAAUGGAUUAGACUUUAUCAUAGCGUACACCAGAACUUUUUGA